AUUGUUAAAUUUUGACGUACAAUAUGUCACAUGAAAAAUUUUUAGCUCUUUACUUUUAAUUUCAUGACCUAAAUUUCAGUUUCCUUUUUUCUAAAUUAAAUAUUACAGUGAAACUUUACAUGAAACAUGAAGGCAAAUGAUGUUAUUGUAGAUCCCUUGGGAGAUAAAACGCUUCGAUUUUCAGAACAACAUCUAAAUGAGAUUGUACAGUGGUUUGAAGAAAAAUCACAGCCAAUAAGUGUUCCGGAUACCGAUGAACCAUUGCAGUUUGUUAAUGUCGAUCAGCUAAUGCAGUUUUUAGAAGAAAGGAGAUUUCACAAAAGAGGAUUUUACUACCCUUCCUUUGGAGAAGUCAUCUUAGAAGCUGAAACAUUUAAUGCAGGAAUUUCACGAGUUUUCACAAAAGAACAAAUUUUGUACAUGUUAGAUAAAUGGGUCAUUGAAGCAAAUAUAAAACAUGAAUUAAAAUUGGCAUUUAAAGUAUUUGAUAGCGAGAAUCGGACUUUUUUGGACAUUGACGAAAUUCGAAUAAUUGCUAAAUAUGGCAGUGAACCCUUUGAUGAAGAUGAAACAUUAGAACUUUUGCGUGACGCAAAUGUAAGAGGAGAUGGAAACGUUUAUUAUGAAGAUUUUGUGGAAUCUUUGUUCAGUCUUGCACCCGAAUUAUAUGGCAUAAAGGCAGAGUAUUUGUUUGAAAACCCAGAAGAAGAUCCUUCUCAAAUAGAAUCGACAGAUUUAGAGAAUCCAGCGCCAGUACACACUAAAAAGAAGAAGGAAAAAUGAAUGUAAUAAAUAAAUCCAUUAAUCAACCGAAA